AAAUAUAAAACUGUCUCUACUCUAAAAAUCACUACUCUGGUUUGUAUUUGACUCUGAGUGGAGUAUGGAGUGUUUAAAGUUGGCAACGACGACGUCUCUGUUCAAGACAGACGGGGACAGAUAUCAUGCUUCAGAGUUUGAUGACUGAGACCGUUGGAACAUUCCUGAGGUCUUUCUUUGAUGAAAAGGUGAACAGUGCAUCUUUUGCCAGAGCUCCAUCCCUGAAUGGCAGAUAGAGAUGGGGCCCAUCCAUGUGAUGAUGUGGAUCAAUAUUGGUGUCUGCCUUCCUUUGACCAUACUGGUCAUCUGCUGUUUGUGUUGUGUGGUGCGACGGGAUCAGGUCCCUGUCAUCUAUUACACAAACCUCCUGAUCUCCAAUCUAAUCCAGAUGUGCACUGUCAUCAUUAUCGUGGCAAAACCAGAUGAUCAUGAAACCUACAUGAUGUCUUUUGUUAUUUACUAUUUCGGUGUCCAGGCCAGUCUUUACUUCAAGUUGUGCAUUGCUCUGGAAAGGUGUUUUUUCAUCACCCGCCCACUGAUGGACUUUAUGAGGCAAACCAGGAGUUCUGUGCUGGUCUGCAUUCUGGUCUGGGCCCUUUGUGUUGUCAGUGUACCUGUCGCCAUAGUGUUGCGUAAUUUUCUACGAGUCCUUAUUUUGAUCCUAGUCCCUGCCUUUCUGUUCAUCAUCUGUUUUGCUGCGACCCUCAAAGCCCUGUGUGCUGCCUCCACAGUGAGCACCGAGGAAAAGCGAAGAAUUGUUGGAACUUUGGUUCUGUUGCAGCUUAGUUACUUUCUGAUGAUCCUACCUGCAAUUACUGAGUUAACUUUUGAAUUUCACCCACAUGACACUGUCAGAGAUGUUGUUUUUAUCUUGUUUCUACUCAGUCCUUUUAUGGACCUGAUUUUGUUUUUUCUCAUGCAGAAAAUGCCCACUGACAAGCGGCUGGCUGGUUCGUGCUGCUGCAGUAGGUGUAGCAGCAGCUGAUCAUUGUGAGGAAAAAGCAAACGGCUGUUGUACU